UCUCUUAACAGUCUUCGAAGCGGGAAAUAUUAUAGGGGGUCAAAGUCAAGCGCAGUACAGUCGGUGCUGCAUCGUUCAACACGGGAGUUGUUUCAAACAAGUUACACUUUAAAUUUAACGUGCGACAAUAAGAAAAUAAAAUUAAUUUCUUUUUUUAUUUGCAAAUCAAAAGACGAUUUUUUGUGACGAAUGUGAACUUCUUGCGGAAAUGACAAUUAUAGUCUUCAAUUUGAUCUAAUUCGUCAGUCAGAUUUCUAGGCCGCAAUAGCCGCAACUGGUCUUAGAAUUGAAUAAAUUUAUCAACAAUUAAAGUUGUACAAUUUGUCAUGCUUAGCUAUCAAUUCUAAUAAUAACUCGAGUUUUUAAUUAGUAGAAAAAAUAAAAAACAAAACAAAAAUGUAAAUUUUUGAAGAAGCACACGUUUUAAAGUUUAAAAAAAAAAAAAAAAAAAAAAAACAUUCUUAUAUAAUCAUUUCAGACUUGUUGAAUAAUGAAAAGUGGUGAUAUAUGUGUGAACACUGGACAUAGGAAAUAAAAGAGUCAAAUUUAAUUCACUAAAAUGACAACAGUUAAUAAUGAGCUUCCCAUCAAAGAUCUCGAGUCAGUUCUUCAAGAGCACAUUGGUAAAAAAUUAAAAAUUAAAAAUCUCGAUUGGAAACAUCUCACAGAUCCAGGCGAAAAUUUUGGUAGUUUAAUUUUAGCGAUAAAUUUAACAGUUGGUGAAAAUGGAUUUACAAAAAAAUUUCAUCUUGUCGCAAAACUUCCACCAAAAUCCGAUUAUCUUCUCGAUCUUUUCAAUAGUCCAAUGUCAUUUUAUAAAGAAAUCUAUUUUUAUAAAGUAAUAACACCUGAAUUUUUACAAUUUCAAUUAUCCUUUGAUAUUGAUAAACAAGAAUUAAUUGAAUUGGUACCACAAUAUUUUGGCGGACGAUUAGGCUUUAAGGAUCAUGAUAAAUUUGAUGAUCAGGCAACAAUUUUAUUGGAGAAUCUAAAAAUUCAAGGUUACGAAACAGAAGAUCGUAUUAUGGGUAUGGAUAAAAAACAUAUGUUAUUUGCAAUUAAAAAAUUAGCAAGACUUCAUGCAUUGACAAUUGCAUAUAAAAUGAAAAAACCCAAAGAAUUUAAAUCAUUGAUAUUGCCUGGCUUACAAAAUGCAUUCAAUAAAGAAUCAAUAAUUGGUUUACAAGAUAUGAUUAAUAAAGCAAUUGGAAAUUUAAAUACCCUUAAAGAAGUUGAAUUACAAAUGCCAAGUGUCAUUAAAACAAUGGAAUAUGGUGCAUCGACAAUGGAAUUACAACCAAAAGAGCCAUGGGCAACAUUAGUACACAGUGAUUUUUGGGUGAAUAAUAUGUUAUUUCUUCAUGAUGAUAAAAAAUCGGAAAAUAUAAUUGAUAUGAAAAUAGUUGAUCUUCAAUUAACACAAUAUGAAGAUGGUUGUCUUGAUUUAAUAUUUAUGAUAAUGUCAAGUGCAAAAGCAAAUGUUAUUGAUGAAAAUUUAGAUGAAAUGAUUGACACUUAUUAUACAUCAUUUAUUGAUUGUCUUAAAAUUUUUCAUGUUGACGUCAAACAAUUUCCAAGGGAUGAAUUUAAUAAAAAUAUUCAAGAAUCAGCAAAACGACGAUUAGAUCAAUGCGUAAUGAUGGUACAAGUGAUACAAGCAAAACGUGGCUCAGCACGUAGGGUGGACAAUAUUAAAAAUAAGGAAAACUUUUUAGAUAUGGGUAGAAGUAAAGAGAAUGAUGAGAAAUUAAUACACAUUGUUAAGACAUACGAGAAACGAGGAUGGUUUUGUUAAAAUCAUAUUACUGGAAUUUUCGAAAAUUCCAAACAUGUAGAUAGUAGAAUAAAAAAAAAGAUUUUUAAAUUAUAAUUAGUUUUUUUUAUAUAUAUUUCUAUAUGUGACAAACACGUAAAAUUAAAUAAAAGUCAAAAUUCAUUAUUUCAUCGAAAAAGUAAUUAAAAUUUUGUUCACAAAAAAUUGGAAUUAAUAAAUUGUAAUUGUACAAAGCAAAUUGAAUUAAUGAAUCAUUUGACUAAUUUAUCUGCCAUAUAAACCUCAUUUGUCAUUAAAGAAUUAUGAGAAAAAUCAACAACUCUUCAAGUUCAUAAAGUCAAUUCGAUUAAAUGCAACAUUUGUUACAUUGUUCGUGGGAAUUGCGAGAUAAGAUAAAAAAAAAAAACCGCUACAGAAAGUAUAUUUUUAAGAAACAAUAAAAACAAUGUUAUCGCAA